AUGGUGACCUUGGACCUGGACCCAUCGAAUCCCGCCAUGCAAGAGGUACUCGCCGUCCACUUCCGCGAGGACUGGCUCGAGGAGUACAAGGCCGCCAACGACGGCCAGCCACCACCGCUGAUGCAGCAGCCGACGCUGAAGAAGCUCCGGGACAACACGCACAUGUGCGCCGUGGUGGAGACAAUCAUCGCGUUCCUGAGCGAGAGGUACAUCGAGGACAAGCUUAGGGGGGUAGCGUCGCCCAGCAUCAAUCUUCCACCCGAGCUCGUCAUUGACGUGCUCCACGUAGAGAUGCUUGGUAUCGGCCUCUGGAACGAGCGCAUGUUGGUGACGGCCGCCGACGGAAGCGCCAGGGGCCCCUCGUACCCCAAGGUCGCCCGCCUCUGCCUCGAGCUCCGAAUUGCAAGUCUUCUGCGUGGUAGGAAAGAGUACGACGAGCUGUUGGCCCGCCAGAGGCAGACGAUGAUCUCGUAG